UCUGUUAUUUUUGCUGUUGCUUCUUCUGCACCCAUGAUUCAAUUGGACUUGCGGGAGAGGAAUUGCUGAUGGCCUGCUUAUAAGUAGUGUAGCAUAUUGUUCUGAUCUCUGGGCAUCAAUUGUGGAUGCUGGAAGAUGGGUGUGUCAACUACGGCGUACCUAGUGAGGAAAGCAACGCAAAAGGAGAGGGUUCAGAUCCUCUAUAGCCAAGCUAUCAAAGGCACUCUCAAUUGGGCCGUACACUGUCACCUCUUCUAUCAAGAUGCCUCAAAACUUCGUGAGAAGUUCAACACCAACAAGCAUGUGGACGUAAUUGAUAGAAUGAUUGCAGAAGGUGAGCAGUAUAAUAAGUGGCGGCGCCUUGAUCCUUAUAUUGUUCUUUGGGCUCUUGGUGGUAGCAAGUUUACUCGAAACACUGCACCUUUUUAA